GGAGAUUGUUGUCAACUUAUCAUCUCAUGUAGGCUCUUCUAGGGCGUAAAAGGGCAUGCAUCAAAUUAUGAUUAUUGUCCAAAGCCAGCACUUCCCAGACUAUUAUAUGGGGAAGUUGGCUACAGGGUUAGGGUACCGUAUUCUUCACUGGUCUUGAGCGUCUUCCCCGCCAGCCUGAUUGCCCAAGACUUCCGGAUUGCUCGUACUGAACUUUCACCCUUCUUACCAUCGCGAAACGCUGUCGCUCUAAUCCCCACCCCUCACCCCUACGCCAGACCCUAAGGCUCCUUUGAAGUGAAAUAGCCAGACCCGGAACCGGGAUUACAUGCCAAAUCUCCCUCAAAAGUAGGGAAUUAUUCAUCUCCAUAUUCAAGGUUAGGUCCUCGGCAACCCGUUCUAUGGUACCAGAUCUCGCGGUAUUGACAUGUCUUAGCGCGAGCGAAACGAUUUUGAAAAGCCUCGGUUGGCGAGAUCGUCCACCUUUCCCAUUUCACAGACGCUAGGGAUAUCUCGUUAAUUAUUCCUCUUUCCUACCCAACCUUUGAAAACAGUAUUACAGUAAGCCGAGAACUAGAGCAUAGGAUGGACCGGUAGGCUCCCCCUCCCUCCAAUGUCUACAAUUUCAAAAAUAAUGAGCACGUGCCUAAUACCCUUCCCAGAGGAAUCCAGUGCGAUACUAGGGGAGACUUCAGCGCAAACUCCGGGGAUUACAACGUUUUCGGAAGUAAUAACAACAAUAACGUAAACGCGGGCUACCUGAACCAUGGUGGAAAUCACGGAACAAUUUAUCAAGGAUGUAUGUUUGGAGCUGGGGACGGAGGUAUUAUCAGCUUUCCCUAGCGGUUUCUGGCAAAGAUCUAAUGCACUAUUACAACUAGAACAAGCACCCAGGCCGUAUCGUAUGAUUCCCUACGGCAGAAAUAACAAGUUCACUGGCCGCAAGGAUUUAAUUGAGUCGCUGAGGAGGUAUUCUGAGCGCGAAGGGCACAACCGGAUCGCGCUCCAUGGAUUGGGCGGUUCUGGGUAUGUAUUCAUGAUCGCCAUUUGAGGAGCCUACUAACCUCGUUUAGAAAGACCCAGAUUGCCCUCGAAUACCUCUAUCGGCGCGCAAGCGAGAGCGAAUGUGAUGUUUUCUGGGUGCACGGGAGUGGCCUACCAAAGUUUAGCGACGACUUUAGAGCGAUAGCAGAACAUGUUCGGAUUCCACCACCCAGCGCCGAGCCAGACGGAGAGGGGCUCCUGUUCAAUAUCAAGAGGUGGUUUGAAGGUCCAUCCAGUGGCGAUUGGAUGCUGGUUAUUGACAACGCCGACAAUGAGGAGGACUUUAUGGGCAACCGCGGUCGCAUUUCCAAAUUUGUACCACAAGGGUCUCGGGGUACCUUGAUACUCACCACGAGAUCAACCCAAGUUGCAUUACGAGAGCGCUGUGAAACGAUUGAGGUCAGAAAAAUGGCGGAGAAUGAUGCCCAAGAAUUGCUUUUGAAGCUCUUGGGUAACGUGAACUACUCGAGAGAUGGAGAAAAAGAGGCGAUCACAAUGAUCCUGCAAUCUAUACAUCACAUCCCACUGGCUAUCAUAGGCGCAGCAGCCUUCAUGACAGAAACCCACACUCCUCCUUCUACCUACUGGUCUAUUUUUCUCGGAAGCGACGAGCACGCCAAGAGGCUUCUUUCACGGCCAUUUUGCGAUAUCCAACGAGAGGCCGACAUUACUGAGAGCACCCUCACUACGUAUUUCAUCACCUUUGACCGGAUUGCAAGGGGGAUGCCCCUAGCGGCGGAUCUUUUGCGUUUAAUCGCCUUCUUCGAUCGUCAGAACAUACCCGAAGAGCUAUUGCGCCAAAGCGGUAUGGAAGGGAUAGACGAUCAAAUGCAGUUUCGUGAGGCAAUUGGAAAACUAUUAGGAUUUUCGCUAGUUACGGCCAUCACACAUGAGGACAAGACAUUUUACGAGCUACAUCGAUUGGUGCAACUGUCUUUGCAAGUGUAUUUACCAGCACAAGAGUUAAGUCGAUGGAGGGCCAACGCACUGAAAGUGGUUUCAAGGGUUUUCCCUCGGGAUUGGAUCACGUGGAAGGAUGUUAGCUCGGCAUACAUUCCUCAUGUACUUGAAGUAACCAACAAUUCAACGGAUCCCAUUGCCGAAGAGCUUAGUUUUCGCCUGGGAUGGUACUUUCAUGAUAUGGGUUCAUACAAUAACGCAGAAACUCAAUUGCGUCGAUGUAUUGCACUUCGGGAGGAGAGCAAAGAGCAUGACUGGGAUGAGGAGGGUCCGAGGAGAGUUCUAUUCCUGGGUGUGAUAUGCAUACAUCAAGGAAAGGGAAAUGUAGGCGAGGACAUGCUUCGGAGAUUAUUAGAGCAUAUUGGGAAAUCGUUCGACCCAAAUCAUCCAAUCGUCCAGGACGCAAUUCAACACUUUGCUUGGGCGCUAUCAAUCCAAGGAAAGUACGAGGAAUCGCAGAAGAUGUAUUGGCGUGGACUAGAGGGGGACGAGAAGAUUCAUGGACCAGACCACCCAAACACCCUAACAAGUGUCGACGGCCUGGCUCUGGUGCUGAAACACCAAGGAAAGUACGACAAAUCAGAAGAGAUGCAUC